AUGAACACAAACUUCUUCAAGUGGGUUUUAGUUUUAUUUUUUUUAUCCAGUUAUUUUACUAUAGGAUUUCAAAUAUCAGAGAAACAAAUGUCGCUUAGAACAGUUAGAACAAUACUUGCAGCUUUUGAACAAGCGGAAGGAGUCGGUGCCAAGGUUCGUCGUUCCAUUGGUACUAUGAACAUGAGGAAAUUCAAUCCAUUUUUGAUGCUUGAUGAUUUCUCGGUUAGCGCUCCUGCUGGGUUCCCAGAACACCCCCAUUUAGGUCAGGAAACGAUUACGUUGAUUCUUAAGGGUGCAGUUGCUCACGAAGAUUUCACUGGAUCGAAGGGUGUCUUAUAUCCGGGAGAUUUACAAUUCAUGACCGCCGGAAAGGGUGUUGUUCAUUCAGAAAUGCCAGUCCCACAACCAGACGGAUCGCCAACGGUAGGCAUGCAAUUGUGGGUUGAUUUACCAGAGUCGUUAAAGGAAUGCAAGCCUCGUUACAGAGACUUGAAGAGUUACGAAAUUCCAGAAGCCGUUGAACAGGAUGGAAAAUUACGUAUUAAGGUUAUUUCAGGUAAGGCUUAUGGUGUGGAAUCGUUGAAGGACUUGGCAUACACCCCAGUUCAGUAUUACUAUUACACCAUGAAGCCUGGAGCUACUUUCAAGCAAGAAAUGCCUAAGGAUUUCAACUUUUUCUUAUACGUUAGAGAAGGUAACACCUUAGUUGUCAAUGGAGACACUAAGGUUGAAAAACACCACAACUGUUUCUUCAACAUGGAUGGUGAUGGAAUUACCGGUGAAAACCCAGCAUCUUCUACUGAGGACGUUGAGUUUGUUUUGGUCGGUGGAAAAACCUUAAACCAAGAAGUUUUCCAAUACGGUCCAUUCGUAGCAACUUCCGAACACAGAAUACAGCAGGCCUUCUCCGAUUACAGAUCUGCUCGUAAUGGCUUUGACAACUUAAGAACUUGGGAUUCGUUAAUUAGCGGUGGUGUAACCGAUGACAUGGUGUGUGGUGAAUUGAAGGGUAGUCUUGAUGAUAGAGAAAAAGAAAGAUUAGCUUACCUUCAUAAUAAGGAAUCAAAAAAGGAUGAACUUUGA